AUGACUGACCUCGGAUGCAACCAAUCGCAAUUCCGAUUGAACCGUCAGUUUCGCAACGCCCACAACAUGGUGGCGGCACCGACUCGGCCGGCGGAUGUGGUGUACGACGGCAAGGAAGAGCACGGUCUGCGGUCUGGCCACGGCACGUUAACGUUUGCCAACGGAGACUCGUACGUCGGCGAGUUUAGCAAAGGUUUCCGGCACGGUCGUGGCGUGUAUACGUAUCUCCAUGGAACGAUCGUGUAUGACGGCGAGUGGCGCCGAAGCCUUCGCCAUGGCCAUGGCAAGGAAGUGUGCCGCGAAAAAGAUCAGCGGAUUGUGUGGAGCUAUGAAGGCGAGUAUGUGAACGACACCAAGCAUGGCCAAGGCACCGAGCGCAAAACAGCCCAAGGGACGUAUGUUGGAUCGUUUGCAAACGGCCUCAAGGACGGCGCGGGAGUCAUGACGUGGCAAAAUGGCAACUCGUACGACGGGCAGUGGCGACAAGGCCGAAUGUGUGGACUUGAUACGUCCGGCACGCGGACGGAAGCUUUUACGACGGCAUGUGGGUCCACGGGUUACGCCACGGCCGCGGACGCGCCACGUCGAAAACAGAGAUAUACGAUGGAAUGUGGAAGGAAGGCCUCAAGCAUGGCGAAGGCGUCGUGAUCGUUGACGCCAAGCAACGCCAUGGUGUGUGGGAGACUGGCCAGCGCGUGAAGUGGACGUCUGGAGAAACUCUAUUACAGUGAUGCCACGGCCUCCAAACUCCCCUAGACAAAUAACAAAUCCGAGCACGUUCAGAACGCCC